AGAGGUUUUCACGAAGAUUUGAUUCAACAAACGGCUAGAAAGUAUUACAGCCAUGAUACGUGCAUAUAUCCUGAUGUUGGUGCUUGCAAUAGGUCAGGCCAAGCCGUGUUCUAAAGCCUGUAUCGCAGCUGACCGGCCCGUGUGUGGCAGUGACGGCAACACCUACCCCAACAGCUGUGCUCUAGAGAGCAAGAACUGCCUACAGCCCAGCGGCUCAACUCCCAUCACUAAGGUCAGGGACGGUCCUUGUAAAAAGAGCUGCACCGUAACGUGCACUGAUGAAGACAAGCCCGUCUGCGGCAGUGAUCUUGUGAUGUACAGGAACCCAUGUCAGAUGGACAAGGUAAACUGCGAAUAUCCUCAAACCCGACCCGUGGUGGCCGUGGUGACCGCCGGCAGGUGUCGCCCUCAACCCAUCGGCAACAGCUGCCCGUCGUCUUGUGUCCAGGGUGUGGUGGACCCUGUGUGUGGGGAUGACGGGACGACCUACAACAGCUACUGUGAGCUCAGCAUGGCUAGCUGCGACCAUAAUGUUAGGUUUGCUUAUGGUGGUCCGUGUAAAGACGUGUAUUACGAGUAUUACGGCAAAAAAUAAAUUGAUGUAAACAAAAUAUUAAUGCCGUAAAAUGUACUAGAUUAAAUAUAUUGUUCUG